AAAUUUAAAAAUAAAUUUAUCCACAUCAAUUUUUAUAAACAAUAUUAUGGAAGUAUUAAAAUCUAAUAUUAAAAUUCUUAUUUAGAAAUCAAUUAGUUCCUUUUAAAAACCAUGGAUAGCAAAGGUGGUGACGCCAAUAACGCAGUAGAUGUUUACCCAAAAUGUUCCUCAGUAGGAUUUAUUGACUCUGAUGUAAAUAAGAUGUACAUGGCUCUCACCGCCAUAACAAGAGAAAUACAGAGAUUUCAUUAUACCGAGAAACAAUUAUUUGAGAAACCAGAAGAUAUGGAGCCUUUUAACAGUCUGGUUAUUUACAAAUCACGGCUUCAAAGAAAAAGAAAACAAAUAAAAAGAUUAAACCAGAACGUCAAAAUUUGUUGGAUUUUAGUAAAGCUUCUCAUAUCCUCAAAAGAAAAACAAGAUUGGGAAUUGAAAAACAAUAUUCUUCAUAACCGAGACUGGGACCGAAAUUCAAUUCAAAACGUUUCACUGAUAAGGCAUUUAGCGAAAAGAAAUGGUAUCUUUGAAGAAGCCUUUGAUAACAUCAAGAACCACAUUAUCAAAGGAUAUAAUAAAAUUCAAAAAAAUAAGAUGAAUUCUUCAUAUAAUUCCGAUAUACCGUUGCUCGAGCAAUUAAAAACAAUUAUCAAUGAAUGUGAAAAACAUAAAUAUGGUUUUUGCAAUGAACGCGAAAAGUGCCAACUUUUGGAACAAAGAAAUAGAUUUCUCCAAAACAAAAUAAGUAUACUUGUAUCUAACAUGGAAACUCUUAAAAAAGAACUUGCCAAUGUUAGUUACCAGUUGUCUAAGCGUGACAAAGAAAUCAUUUACUUUAAAAAUAAACUCUUAAAUAAAAUAAAUCAUACAAAACUUUCCCCCGUUGAAAAUCCACGCAACGAUAAAAAUAUAGGCUCUAAAAUAUCCACUCAUUCUUCACAACCAAAUUUAAGUUCUCAUCUAUCUUUAGUAAAAUCUUUGCUCAUCGAUCAAGACAGAAUGAUAAAGAAAAUUAAAAAUAUGACCGACAUUAUUAUUAAAAGUUAAAAAUAAAUACCUACAUAAAAACUCAUGUUUAUCUUAUUCUUAAUUAAAUUUAUAAUUUAAAAGAAAGUAAACAAUUAUUCACAAAUGUGUCUAAAUAUAAUAUUUGAGUGAAUAUAAAAAGAAGAAUUUUGUACAUUUUGUAAGAAAUAAAAUUUCUGUAAAAUGCCUUCCUGCCAUACAAAAUGCUAUUGAUAGUAGUAGCUACGUAAAGUAAUUUAAAUUUAUGUAAUACAAAUUAAUAGUUAUAUUCCGAAAAUUUUUUAUAUUAUAUUUUUUCUUUGUAAUAACAUAAAAAUAGUAUACAUAUGUUGUACAAUAAUAAUACAAGUUGAUAUUUGUCUAUUUCAUUCGAAUUAAUUGUUUGUAUUCUAACGCGACAUCUCUGUUUAUUUAUGCAACUUUCUGUGAUAAUUCCUCUUUCCGUAUAAGUUUCGUCGUCUGUAUAGCAGCUAAGCUUAUAUCUCAGGGUUUUUAAACUUUACUCAUCAGCAGUUGCAGUUAUUUUGCCACAGAUGGUGUUGAUUAGUUCGACGUUUUAUAAUUUAUAAUUUGUAUAGAAUGUUGUUAGGUCGAAGUAUAUAUUUGUAUAAUAUUUUUAUUUUGCGUUUACGUAUAUUGUAUUAU